UCAGCGUUUUUAAGAUGGCUGAAGCAGUUGCGAACCACGAUGAGCAUGUUGCAGAUUUCGAGGAUAUAGUAGCCAGACUCACUGAUGCUUUUCCAAAAUUAAGUGUCAGGGUAAUACGGAAGGUUGCGGCUAGUUGCCGUAGGGACACUGUUCAGAUGGUCGUACAGUUGUCAGGUAAGGUAUACGAGAUUACUGGUAGUUCGUCAUAUUCUCUCAGGGACGUGAUAGGUGACUCAAAAUGCAGCUAAUUUCAUCCUAUUGCAUAUGUAUGGGCGACAGAAAAAAUAGAUUUUUUAGUUUUUGUGAUUUUCUGAAUCUAAAUAACAAAAAGUUAUACUGUGACAUUAGAAGUCCUACACCCAAAAAAAAAAAAUAAUUUCUUCAACUUGAUUUGGCAAUGAGGUAGUUUUUAUUUCCUCUGAGUGCACCAGCCUAUAGGUUAUACUAGUUCAUUAUUUCGUAGAAAAGAGAGCAAUAAACAAUAUUAAUAAAAGGCGAAAUGAAUGUUAUUCACCCCACUUUACAAGGAAUUGAAUAAUUAAAACAUUCUUGGAAAACUAAAUAGGGGUGCAUAAAAGAACUUUGCUCGUAUUUAUAUCAUGUAUUGCUUGUUUCAAUGCAAAAUAUUGAUAACUUUUAAGCUCGCAAAACAUAUUUAGUUUAAAUUUAGGCAAUAUUAGAAAAAUGUUGAUGAAACCAAAUUUAUAAUCUUUGAAAUUUUAAGCAAUUGAGGUCGAUGAGCAGCGCAAAGCGGAAGUUAAAGAAUUAAGAGCACUUAUGCCUGAAACAGAACAAGCUUCAACUUCAGGAGUACAUCAACAACGAGGUACUUCGAUAAAGUCACAAGUGAAGAAAUACACCAGUGGUUUCAACAUAGACGAGUUCUUGGCAAUGUUUCCGAAUCCAGAAGAGACAUUCCGCAAUCCGGAGCGAGGGGAAGACGUUCUUGAUUUGACAACCGCAGAUUAUGUUGUACGUUUCUUCAUGAAUAAGUACCCAUCCAUCUACAAGAGCCACAUCUCGUUUUUGCUAUAUCAGGGACCUACGAGGCAACCAAAGUGCAAAAGUCUACUUAAGGUGGAUGAGGAAUUGCAGCAGGCAGAGCAAAACGGUGAGCAAGUUAUGAAUUGCCGUCGAAAACCAACAACUAUGAGGGUUGAUCCAGGCGAAGACAUUCGACUUUUACAAGAGCUUGCUUACUUGGAGCACCGAACUGAUAUUUUAGAUUGUAAGCUAAAAAAACAGCAGGAAGAAACGGAUAGGAGAAAAAUUGCAAAAGAAAACGGUCUUUCAGUUUCGUGUCAAUGCUGCUUCGCGGACGACCUAUUGCCUGAAGAAGUGUAUUCGUGUACCAACGAUUGUUGUUUUUGUGGGGAAUGCAUCAGAAAGAGCUGCGAAUUGAAACUUGGUGAGGGAGACAUUCAGUUUCCGUGUUUAGCGGACUGUGGGUCACAAUUUGCGUGGAAAACGCUGCAGGCGGCGCUUCCACCUACACUAUUGUCGAAACUAUCACAGCGUUACACGGAAUCUGAGAUACGGGCGGCAGGACUUAAAGUUGACAGUUGUCCAUUCUGUAAUUUCCCCAACACCAUCGAUGAGCGAUAUACGUUGUUUCAGUGUUUUAACCCAGAAUGUAUGAAGGAGACAUGCAGGUUAUGCAAAGAGCUCAACCACCUUCCGUUGCGAUGCGAUGAGGUUGAGAAGGACGAAGAUGUCAAGGCACGCGUCCACGUUGAAAAUAAGAUGACCGAAGCAAUAUUGAGAACAUGCCACAGAUGUCAGAGAAAGUUUAUCAAGGAGGAGGACGGCUGCAACAAGAUAACGUGCAUAUGUGGUGCGGUGUCAUGUUAUGUCUGCAAUAAGCCAGUGACAGGGUAUGAUCACUUUAUUGGAUUUGGAGACAGUCGGUCUGAGCAGUGCCCGCUGUAUGUCGACAUGAUAGCAUUGCAACAACGUGAACUUACUGCGGCAGCUGAUGAAGCGAAGAAGCAAGUUGAUCCCAACAGGUUGAAGACUGAUCCGUCAAUUGAUCUUGACAAAUACUUUGGACAUAAACGACAGAAUACCACGCAACCAACAUGGAUGCAGGAACCAAUACCACCUCCAAAUCCAAGAGAACCCGAGGUACCAAGACAAGACGAAUGAUGUUACCUGCUCAACAACAGCGGGACGACGAGCCUAGGGUUGCUCGAGAAUACUUGGAGGUACCACCAGUUCUAAACAUAAGAAUACCUCGUCGGGCAACGCGACAUACAAAUCAAGAUCAACCACAAGCGCCAUGACGUGUUCGUCAUUAUCAAGGGGCACAGAUACCUGUUCGAAGAGGGGGUUCAACUGCUGAGAAGUCGGGACUAGGACUAAGAAAGUCUAAAAGGAUACUGACUGGAGUUUGGCUGCUUUCCAGUUUCCUGUUUUAUCUACGUGUCAGUGAUUUUAAUUCUUAACAAAGCCUUAUAUUAUUUCUAAUUAAAUAAUGAUGUAAAAAAAAUUAUUAUAAUAUUUAAAUAUGCAAUAUUUUAGCUUAUUUCCUUAGGUUAGCCCUAGUUUUAUAUGCUGUAUUUUAUUGUCUUACUUCAAAGUUUCGUAUUAACGUCACUUUUUAAAGUCUAUGUGUGAUUUUUUUGUACUAUUUGAUCGAAUACAUUAUUUACAUUUAAA